AAUUCAAUGUUAUUGAAAAAAAAAAGAACACAGGGUACGUAUUAAAAUACCGAGGGUGGAAGGCGGCGCCGGCCGCACCCCGACGUCGCGACGUCAGUCGUUGUUCCAGCGUGGCUCAACAAGUACACGCGGCAUUGAGCUACGACGGGUUCAAAUUUAAAAAAAAAAUCUUGACGCGUCCGUCGUACAACUAUUUAAAAUGCAUUAAAUUUACGAAUACGGCAUUAAUUGUGAAAGAAGAAUCACGCAUCAUCUUUUCCACAGUGAUUAAUCAACAAUCCAGUCCGCAAAACAUUCGCAAAAAGAGAAAGGAGUAUAUUAUGCGAUCUAAGGUGACAAAUGAGAACACGUGGGAGACAAAGUGGUCUACGGAAUCGUCGCAGAGCGGUAGAGGCGUGCGACGAGCGGCGAGAAAAACGGAAUCAUCGGGAUUGAAAUUAUCCAAACCACCCAGAGGGAAUACGGCGCGGGAGAGAACUCUCAGGAGGCUGGAGAGCAAUGAACGGGAGCGCAUGCGAAUGCAUAGCUUGAACGAUGCAUUUCAAUCUCUACGCGAGGUGAUCCCGCACGUUACGAAAGAGAGACGGCUCUCCAAAAUCGAGACACUAACUCUGGCUAAGAAUUAUAUAGUGGCUCUUACGGAUGUAAUAUGCGCCAUGAGAAGCGAGGAGGAUCAGCAGACGAGCGGCUCCGAAAUUCAAGAUGCGUCGAACAGCGAGCAACGAUUAGAAUCGACCACCGUUCGCAUGAAUAUUCCUAUCGCCUCCAGAUCUUGCGCUUCGGAAACUCAGAACUUUUAUCAGAGUAAGCAUUCGCGAUGGGAAAACGAUCAGGAUAAUGUUACAGGUCUAUGAGAAAUUACGGCACUAAAUGAUAAUUCGAGAUGAAGUAAAAUGAGAGCGAGCGGCACUCUUUGACUACUGGUCUUCCUUCCUUAAUCCGUGCAUGCGUUUGCGUUAAAAAAAAUUAACGCAUCUGUGUAAAUCUUAGCGAAAUGAUAUAUUUUAUGACUGAUAUAAUAAUUUAAGAAAAUA